GAUUCAACCCCAUCAGUCGCUUUGUUUUCGUGCCGCGGAGAGGUCCGCGUCAAGUGCUCGCGCACCUUACGACCCGUCAUGUCAAACCCUGCGAUCUCCGACGGUCGCCCGCCUGCGACCUCCCGCUGAGAAAGUCGUGUCGACGGUCCCAACUGCGCGCGAGUGGUACGUGUGCGUGUGUGAGGCUCGCCCCUCGGUCCAAUUUCGUGAUUUUAAGUGAUCGCCGCGGACUGGCAACGCGGGCGCAAAGUGCCGUGCCGAGAGUGCAGGGGAGCCUGUCAACGCCUUAAGUCGCGCAUUUCCGUGUCCCUGGUGUUCUCAGUGAAUGAAAUGUUUUUGAUUUAGCACGGAUUAAGACUCGGACCGCCUUGGACUUACCGCUGAUUGGAUUAUUCUCGUUGAAUGAUGGCGCUGUCGGCGACUCACCCGCGGGGAGACUAGCCCAGCCCAGCCCCGAGGCCAGCAUGGGCGUCCAGGACAGCGGGCGGGGCCGGCACGACGGCGGUGCGACAGAGGUCGGGCCAGCAUGACGAGAGAUGGCUGACCCCUCAGGCCCCGCCCCCGGCGCCGCCCCAGCCCCCGGCGCCGCCCCCGGGCCGGUAGGGGCGGUGGACGCGGCGAUGGCGGCCGGAGGCGGUGACGCGGCUGAUGACGGCGAGGUGUUGGACACCGCCGAGGAGGGCUUGCAGCAGCAGCCGCAGCAGCAGCCCGCGAGGCCGCCGACGACGCCCGCGGGCCCGGUGCGCGGCGGCGGCGGCGUCCAGCAUGCGCCGCUCGAGCGCAAGCGCUUCUUCUGUCGUGAGUGGGCCUUCGCCAAGCUGGCGCACUGCCUGGAGGCGCGGCCCGCGAGCAAGACCUGCGGCGCGCUGGUGGUGGGCGGCCCCGGCACGGGCAAGACCGCCCUGUGCUGCGAGGCGGUGUGGCCGUCCCAGGGCCCCGCGGGCCGGCCGCAGCGCGCGCUCCGCCGCCGCCUGCUCGCCUACCACUUCUGCCAGGCGCACGACGCGGCCACCCUGGCCGUGCCCGAGUUCAUCCGCAGCCUAGUGCGGCAGCUGCAGGCCAUCCACACGCAGCAGCAGCUGACCGCCUCCUCGCCGCCCGCCGGCCCCAGCCCCGCCCCUGGCCCCGCCGCGCUGCCGCCCCAGUCGCUGCCCCCCGCCGCGGCCGCCGCAUAUGCCGAGAGGGUGCGCUCCGACCCUGAAGUCCAGUCCGCGCUGCACCCCGACCUGCUGGAAAGGGACCCCGACGAGGCGUUCCGCCGCGCCGUGCUGUUCCCGCUGCUGGAGCUGGAGGCGCCCCGACAGUGCCUGUUCCUGCUCGUGGACUCCCUUGACGAGGCCGGGCCCUUGGAGGUGCCUUCCCCUGCGGGCGCGCCAAGCCGGACCAUCGGCGAGCUGCUCGCCAACAACCACCACCUGUUCCCGCAAUGGUUGCUCCUGGUUGUGACGGCCCGGCGCCAGAGCAAGGCCGUCGCCAGGAUGUUUACCGGCUUCCGAAAGAUCUCGUUGGACGACCUGCGCAAGUCGCAGGUGGUGCGCGACGUGCAGCAGUAUAUCCUGGCCCGGCUGGACCGGGAGGACUCGCUGCGCCAGCACAUCUCUCGCGACACGGCCGAGAUGCUCAACCAGCUUCACAUCAAGAGCAACGGCUGCUUCCUGUACCUGGAGAAGGUCCUGGACGGCGUGGCCGACAACUUCAUCGUGCUGCGCGAGGUGCGCGAGAUCCCGGGCACGCUCAACGGCCUGUACCUGUGGCUGUGCCAGCGGCUCUUCAACCGCAAGCAGUUUGCCAAGGUGAAGCCGCUGCUCAGCGUCCUGCUGACGACGCGGCGGCCGCUCUCGCGAGACGAGCUCUCGGCCUGCAUCAGCACCUCGCUGCCCAACGUGAGCCGCGAGUACUUCAACUGGCGGCUGCACCUGCUGCGCCGCGUGCUCGUCACCUCGGGCCCGCAGCCGCGGCCGCAGCUGCUGCUCUUCCACCACAGCUUCGCCGAGUGGCUGCUCGACGUCAAGCAUUGCACGCAGAAGUACCUCUGCUCGGCCGCGCAGGGCCACGCCAUGCUGGCCAUGUGGUACACCAUGCGCGCCAAGUACUUGUCCAAGGAGGAGGUCCAGAGCUUCGCAUACCACCUGUCCAAGCUCCCGCCCCUGCCGAAGCCCGACAAGAGCGAGACGGCCGCCACGGGGGUGCCCGCUGCCUCCGCGCUGGACCAGCACCAGUUCCAGGUGCUUUGGCUGAUCGACAGCGGUGCCCCCGUGGAGACGUGCCUGCUCCCCGACAAGGAGGGGGAGGAGGGCGACGAAGCGGUGCCGUGUCCGAGCCUGCCCGUGCCCCGGGACCCGCAAGUAGUCAAGCUGCUCCUGGACGCCGGGGCCAGCCCUCCCGCCCGCGAUGCUCUUGGGGUGGACACCCUCGCGGCCCGUGAGGGUGACGAUGACGACAACGGCGGCGACAAGCGGUCCGUCGGUGCUGCAGACGCGGGCGUCGACAGCGAGCUGCCCUCCGUGGACGACGAGGCCGCGUCCAGUCUGCUGUCCGAGCCCAGCCCGGCUUCCGGCGCGCUGGCCGAGCUCCUGGGGAUGUUGGGCAUGGACCGCGACGUGAAUCGCGCCGACCCGAGCAGCGGGCGCACCCUGCUGCACGCACUGGCCGCCGAGGGCGACGCGCGCCUCCUGGAGCUGGCCCUGAGCAGCUGUCCGGAGGCCGACCUGGAGCGCACCGACCGCCACGGGCAGACGCCCCUCAACCUAGCGGCGCGCCACGGCCACGCGGACGUCGUCGAGGUGCUGCUCGCGGGCGGCGCCCAGGUGGACCAUGCCGACCGCGACGGCUGGACGGCCCUGCGCGCCGCGGCGUGGGGGGGCCACCGGCAGGUAGUGGACCUGCUCCUGGAGGCGGGUGCCGCCGUGGACUACGCCGACACGGACCAGCGCACCGCGCUGCGCGCCGCGGCCUGGGGCGGGCACGAGGAGAUCGUCCUGGCGCUGCUGCGGGCCGCGCCGUGCAGCGCGCACGUCAACCGCACCGACGACGAGGGUCGCACCGCGCUCAUCGCGGCCGCCUACAUGGGCCACGCCGAGAUCGUCGAGCACCUCCUGGAGCACGGCGCCGAGAUCGACCACGCCGACAACGACGGUAGGACCGCCCUGAGUGUCGCCGCGCUCUGCGUGCCGGCCAACGAGGGAUACGCCAAGGUCAGCGUCGUCAACAUUCUCCUAGAGAAGGGUGCCUCAGUAGAUCACCAGGACAAAGAUGGAAUGACACCGCUCUUGGUAGCAGCAUUUGAAGGACACAGGGAUGUGUGCGAGCUUCUUCUGGAGAGCGAAGCAGAUGUCGAUCACGCCGACAGAUGCGGCCGCACACCGCUCUGGGCUGCUGCCUCGAUGGGUCAUUCCUCUGUCGUUGCCCUUCUUUUGUUCUGGGGUUGUUACGUUGACAGUAUUGAUAAUGAAGGCCGCACUGUUCUGAGCGUUGCAGCUGCUCAAGGCAAUACUGAAGUUGUUCGUCAGCUUCUAGACAGAGGACUUGACGAGCAGCAUAGAGACAAUUCAGGCUGGACUCCUUUGCACUAUGCUGCAUUUGAGGGUCACCGUGAGGUGUGUGAAGCUCUUUUGGAAGGUGGUGCGCGUUGUGAUGAACCAGACAAUGAUGGAAAGGGUCCUUUAAUGCUAGCUGCCCAAGAAGGACAUGUGUCAUUGGUGCAGGAUUUCCUUGUCAGACAUGGUGCCCGACCUGAUCAAAAAGCUCAUGAUGGAAAGACUGCUUUGAGAAUGGCUGCCUUGGAGGGUCAUUAUGAAGCAGUUAGAUGUUUGAUUCAAAGUGGUGCUGAUGUAGAUGCAAAGGAUGCUGAUGGUCGUAGCUGUUUAUAUAUACUAGCCCUUGAAAAUAGGCUACCAAUGGCUCGUUUUCUGCUGGAUCAGGGAGGGGCUGAUGUAGAAAGUCGAGACUCUGAGGGGCGGACCCCUUUACAUGUAAGUGCUUGGCAAGGCCAUGUGGAGAUGGUGGCUUUGCUCUUGACUGUAGGAGGGGCAGAUGUAAAUGCAGUGGACCAUGACAACCGAACAGCACUUCAUUCGGCAUCAUGGCAAGGCAAUUCGGCAAUUGUGAGGCUUCUCUUAGAGCAUGGCGCUGCUCCUGAUCACACAUGCAACCAGGGAGCUACUGCUCUUGGUAUCGCAGCCCAGGAAGGACAUGAAGCUUGUGUUAGGGCAUUAUUGCAACAUGGUGCUGAUCCUAACCACUCGGAUCGGUGUGGUAGGAAUGCAUUACGUGUUGCCAUGAAAAGUGGACAUGAAAAUGUUGUCCGUCUUCUCGAAGAAUUUGCUGCAGGGUCCAGACCGCACCAUCUUCGACUAGCUGCAAAUGGUGGAAGUAGCGGAGCUACCUCAAUUACCUCAGGAGCAUCGGCCGAGACAAAGCCUUCCUCAGCCUUACUGAUUCCAUCAGCUCCCAUGGCACAUCACAAUUCCGUCUCACCCAUGGACUCUCCAGAUUCAACAUCCAAGAGAAGGUCCUUUGUGUCUCUGGGCAACCACUCCAGCCAUUCCAAGUCCAGCAGUAAUCUUACUGGCAGUACAAAGAGUUCUCAUCAAGAAUCUAAUAACUCUCAUCAGCUGGCUGCUUUGUCCUUCACGCAACAGCUUCAGCAAUGUACAAGAGGAGGCAAGUCUCGACCGCUCUCUCGCUUGCUCAGUCCUCUUCAAUCGGAACCUCAGAGUCCUAUAUAUGCGACUCCACCUCAUUCCCCGCUUAGUGAUGUUGGUAUGCCAGCUAGUCCCAUGGCUGUGACGCCCACAGGGGGCCUUGGGUGCAUCCUGGCUGAUCCACAUUUCACUCGAGAUACACACAUGCGCAUUAUCCUUGGAAACAGUAGUGCCGGAGUAGCAAGAAAUAUGAAAUCUGGUGCUGAUGUUAUUCAUUCUGGCAGCAGUGGCAGUAAGCCAAAAAGGAAUGGCAUUGUGACCAAUCCUGCCCUAAGACUUAUGCCUGGUCUAAAGAACGGUUUGGAUUUUUCAUCUGGCAGAAAAAAUAAUAGCAGUGCAAGAGUUACUAAUUCUAGUGUCGCAAGUCCAGCAUCAGCCGCCAUUGUGAAUAGACCAAAUGGAUUUCAGUGGAGAAAAGAAACUCCUUUAUAGUAACAGUUAGAAAAUUUCAUGUGAUUGUUGUAUACAUAGUUCCACUCUUAUCUGUUUGAAAACUGUGUUGAAAGAGUGCUGAAAAACUUGUCAGUGGUAUUUAUUUAGAAACAAAAUUAUUUUUUCAUGUCUAUCUAGUUUUUACUAGAAACAUUGAUUUAUCCAAAUCGGAUAGAUUUCAGAUAUACACACCCCUAAUGUGUAUGUUCAUACAUUUGACACGCUAGUGAGAGCAGGAGAGUCUAGUUGUUCAAUAGUUAAGUUGAGACACUGCACAUCACAAGACAAAUACCGUACUUUUCCUAGUCGAUUUAAGUGAUCAGCACAUUUCAUAAAUGUUGUAGGUCCAUCAACCAAAGAAAACACUUAAAUGUGUUCUUGUUUUGUCUAUAUGUAUUAGUAGAUAAUAAUGAGAUAGAAGUCAAAAUUAUAAGAGGAUUGUAAAUUUUGUUUGUGUUUUCCUGUAAGAUAAUUCUAAACUUUAAGUUAUUUGGUUACUAUUUGAAGUUGGUGUGUUGCACAAAUGACUAUGAAAAUUAAUUGUAUAUUUUUGUUUCCUUCUAGAAACUUAAAUGCCUAUCAUUGGCCUUAUCUAUUUAAAGAAGGUGUGAAGUGGAAUUAUCUUGAAAUGAAUUGAAAUUAAUCUUAAUCUCUUGCUGUAGGACUGAAUGACUAUCCAAAUUUUCUGUGAAGGGAUCAUGUUGAAUUUGUCAACUUGGCAUACAAUGUGCCAAAAAAAGUUAUUAGCAAAUUAUUAACAAUCUGUUGUAGCUCUCUACAUUUGCACUUUUAAGACUUGUUACAAAGUGGCACUGAUUUGUAUACUUACUUAGUAACUGUGGUAAUAGUGAGUAGUGAUCUGAACUUUAGAGGCCUAUGUGCAUUUUAAAAUGUUUUGAGGCUAUUAGAUUUGUAGAUCUAGAAAUUUCUGUAAAUAUGCAUAAAAACUCUGUAUGCAUUAUUUUUUCUCACAAAGAUGUGUUUCUGUAUUGUGUCUUGGUCUUUUGGUCUGGCUUGUAUGUGUGGGUGCUAUUUUCUGGAACUUUUUCUGUGUCUGGUCAGAGAGGCCAUGCUUUGCUGCAUCAUUACAAAAUCUGCCUAAAACAUGCUAAUCUAAGAGAAAUCUGUGAUGAAGUACGAGCUCCCAUCAGUGUAACUGGAUUAGAUUACCUGUUCAGUAUAAAAUUAUUUACCUUUAAAACUACAAUUUUAGCUUGUUCACCUAUGCUGUAGGUACUGCAAAGGAUAAAAUUCAGUUAGAAAAUUUUGACAGAUAUUGAUAUGGAGAUUUCUGAUGUGUAACACUUGACUGAAUCUUAUCCUCUGAUUACUCUAUGUGGUAUUAAACUACUAUCUUGCACCAUGUUUAUUUUCAGAUUCUUGUUGUAUACAAUCUAAAGUAAAUACUCACAAUAUAAGUUUUUGUAGUUGUUGUUUUAAUUGUCUGUUAUGAAUGUGUCCAUUGUUGUUCAAAGACACUAGAAUUGUAAGAUUUUAUUUGUAGGGUGGUCAAUUCGUAAUAUACUGUUGUAGAAUUUAAUCAGUGGCAUUGCACAUUGCCCACGAAAGACUGGACCUUACCAAUGUUGCCAUAUUGCUGUUAUUUUUCUAUUAUCUCUUUUUGUUUUCCAUUUUCUUACCUUGUGUGAGAUACUUUUAAUUUUUUUUUAAAUGAAUUUUUAAUUUUUAUGAAGACAGAGCUGUCUAGCUCCGAUCAGAAAUAAGUGUUCUACUAUACCCACCUAUUUAUUUUUUGGUGUAUGUAUGCAAUGAACGCUGCUCACUGCCUAGCAUUUUCUAAUUACUUUGUAAUAUUGCUUUUUAUUUAUUUAUCUUGAGUUUAUUUAUUGAGCUGUUCUAAAUUAAUGAAUUUUAUUUUAGAGAAAUGAGAUGCAACUGUUGAUGUAAUCCUUAUUCUAAUUAUAGCAUUCACUCAAUGUCUUAAGCUGCCUUUAAUUUGUUCUAAUAAGAGGUCAGACCACUACGUGGGUCACCCGCUAAGAAUGCUUGUGACCACUGUUUUCAAUUAAUGGAUGCUGCAAGAGUGGGUGGAUGCUUGUUUUCUUUUUGAUUUAGAUUGCAGCCAUGUUACAGUCAACUGUAAAAGUUUAAAGAAAGUUCUAUGCUAGUUACCAUCAACAAUAUCUUGUAUUCCCUCCUGUAGUAGCAUGAUGAUAUUUCAUUAGCAUGUAAUAUGUAGUGCAUACAUAUUUGAGUCGCAAUUAAUCUUGUCAACGAUGUGGUCCUGAUGUGGAGAGGGUGAAUGAUGAGCCAUUGUAUUAUCAGCAAUUUGAGCGCCUAUAUUUCUUUACCAUUUAUGUAUCGAAUUCGGCCGUGCUUUAUGCCUUACUUUCUGACAUUUUAAAUCUCUGACUAUGGUUUUCCCGUAAUAUUUUGCACAGUGUAUCUUUAAGAUUUUCUCUUCAUUUAGUAACUUCCGGCACCUUUUUUUUUUCUAAAAUGUGUAAAGGCCUCUGUAAACUACAAUGGCAGCACUGAUGGUAUGAAAUUUUGUAGAAUAGAUUGUACAGGACGUGAGCGGUAAGAGCAUAGUGUGAUCUCAACUGAUAUGGAAGUGUAAAAGCUACAUAACAAUAAAAGUGCAUAUUUUGUGUCUGAA